AUGGUCAGUGGCUGGUGGUCUGUAGUGCUGUGUUUUGCCGCGCUUCAAGGCGUCGUCCUGCACGCGUUCGUAACGCUCACGAACGAAUCGUUUUACGGCGUGAAAAAUGAGCUGAAAUCGGACCACGCUGGCCAACGUAGUGGAAGAUUUUUUCCCUUCUACACGAUCGGCCGUAUCGCGAACGUACCGUGUACGUCCCCUGCGGGUCAAAGCGGUACCUGUCUGAUCGCUGGCGAAUGCAAGGACAACGGUGGCCUAGCGUCCGGUUCUUGCAGUACUCGCACGAACCAAGCCGUGUGUUGCGUGUAUACGAAAUCCUGCGGGGGAUCGACGACGCUCAACAGCACGUACUUCACGAACGCCGGCUAUCCAGGACCGUACAACGACGGUGGAACCUGUUCCUUCACGGUCACUCCAACCAGCGGUAUCUGCCAGCUGCGAAUCGAUUUUCGCUCGCUUACGCUUUCCCAACCAACAGGAGAUGGAGCCUGCAACACCGACCGACUUACGAUCGUCGGUGCGAGUCCUUCGGUGGUGCCGAUUUGUGGCGAAAACACUGGACAGCAUCUGUACGUCAACUUCGUUGGUAGCGGCUCGAUCUCGCUUCGUAUCGCCACGAACGGGGAUGUUUCGUUUAAUCGUUUGUGGAACAUCGAAUUGUCGCAGAUCGCGUGUGCUAGCGCGGAUCGUGCUCCUGCUGGGUGUCUUCAGUACUACACCGAUACGGAUGGUGAGAUCAGCAGUCUCAAUUACGGGUUAGGAGAAAAUCCGGCUUUCAACACGGUCGGUGCGAGAGGCAGUCGACAGUUGGCCAACACAAACUACGGUAUCUGCAUACGAACUGCUGCCGGAAAGUGUUCGAUCACGUACUCGUUGCCUCCAAAUGAUCGUUACGCCUUCACAUUAUCCAUGGAUGCGGUUGCCGUCGAUCCCACUCUGCUAGGUACGACAGCCUUGAGUUUGACUGGAGCGGCUUGCACGACGGAUUUCAUCGUCAUCACGAACCCGACCGGUUUGACGAGCGAUCGAUUUUGCGGACUUGGGCUUCCUGAGGUGACUACCAGUGCCCGGCCGUUUGUCGUGUACACGGUGACCAACGGAAAUGAAACGCCGGAUGUAGCGAAUCGGGGCUUUCGAUUGCUUUACGCUCAAAAUGCGUGUGCAGCGGCGUGAAGCGGAUUUCGAGCUGGGAAAUGGUAAACCUAUUGGACUCUGUCGAACGUACUUUUGGGGCUUAUACAUUGUGCAGCUGUUGACUGAUGAGCGAGU